UUUCCGGUCCUAAACUCUGAUAUCUAUGGAUGCUGCAGAGUUCCGCAAGAGAGGGAAGGAGAUGGUGGACUAUAUUGCAGAUUACCUGGAGACAAUAGAUAAAAGACAAGUCUUCCCAGAUGUGGAACCAGGAUACCUAAGGCCCCUCAUUGCAGACUGUGCACCCCAGGAUCCUGAGAGCUUUGAGGAUGUCUUUAAAGACAUUGAGAAGAUCAUCAUGCCAGGGGUGACUCACUGGCACAGUCCGUAUUUUUUUGCCUACUUCCCUGCAGCCUCUUCCUUCCCAGCUCUUCUUGCAGAUAUGUUAUGUGGUGGAAUCGGAUGUAUGGGCUUCUCUUGGGCUGCAAGUCCAGCUUGCACAGAGCUGGAGACUGUCAUGCUGGAUUGGCUAGGAAAGAUGAUUAAUUUGCCAGAAGAGUUUUUAGCAGAGAAGGAUGGCCAAGGUGGAGGAGUCAUUCAGGGAAGUGCAAGUGAGGCCACCCUGGUUUCACUGCUUGCUGCAAGAACAAAAACUGUCAGACGGGUGCAGGCAGAAAAGCCUGAGCUAACAGAAGCAGACAUCAUGGGCAGGCUGGUGGCCUAUGCUUCUGAUCAAGCUCAUUCAUCUGUGGAAAGGGCCGCACUAAUUGGGGGUGUAAAGAUUAAAAAUAUUUCUUCAGAUGAUACAUUUAGUGUUUGUGGUUCAGCCCUAAAGAAAGUUUUGGAUGAAGACAAAGCUUCUGGUCUUAUCCCGUUCUUUUUCUGUGCAACACUUGGAACCACACCUUGCUGCUCCUUUGACAAACUGUUAGAACUGGGUCCUAUCUGUAAUAAGGAAAAUAUCUGGAUGCAUAUUGAUGCAGCCUAUGCUGGGAGUGCAUUCAUCUGCCCUGAAUUCAGGCAUCUUUUAAACGGAGUGGAGUUUGCAGAUUCAUUUAAUUUUAAUCCUCAUAAAUGGCUCCUAGUGAAUUUUGAUUGCUCUGCUAUGUGGGUGAAGAAAAGAUCAGACUUAACAGGCGCCUUUAAAUUAGAGCCUCUGUACCUGCAGCAUCACCAUCAAGAGUCUGGCCUUAUAACAGAUUAUCGGCACUGGCAAAUCCCCUUGGGCAGAAGGUUCCGCUCGCUGAAGCUCUGGUUCGUGCUGAGGAUGUAUGGGAUCACAGGACUGCAGGAGCACAUCCGCAAGCAUGUCAGGCUGUCGCAUCAGUUUGAACAUUUAGUCCGUCAGGAUGAAAGAUUUGAGAUCUGUGCUGAAGUUAUCUUGGGACUAGUCUGUUUUCGGCUGAAGGGCUCAAAUGAACUAAAUGAGGCGCUUCUUAAAAGCAUAAAUGAGGCCAAGAAGAUUCAUCUGGUCCCGUGCCACCUGCGAGAGAAGUUUGUGCUACGUUUUGCUGUUUGUUCACGCACGGUGGAAUCCACCCACAUCAAGUUUGCCUGGCAGCACAUCUCACAGCUGGCAACCGAUCUUCUGAAACACGGGAGCAAAAACACCACCAGCAGAAACAGCAGCGAAGUAGCAGUGGGGAGGAGGUAAUUAGCUGGCUUUCUCUGUGUGGCCAAGUUUUAUUUUAGGGGCAGGUGGGAAAGUCAGGAUAUGAAGGGGAAAAAAAAAGAAACCAAAGCCUGUUGUUAUAUAGCCCAGCUGCAGUAGCAAAAUCCUUGCCAGCAAGUUGUGUUGUAACCUUAAUCAUUCCUUCUCUGUAGUGUGGUUUCAUCUUGCCUGUUUCCAGGGUGCAGAUAGCCAUGGAGGCUCGAGCUGUCAUUUCCUACCAGUUUGUAAUCAGAAGCAUUUAUUGAACCAGGCAGUGGAAAUGGGUUAGUGCUCCCUCUGUUGUCCCCAUUAACCUUUAGCACAUCCACUUCUUGCUUCACAGAUGAAACUGUGAGGUGUCAUCAAUUCAUUUAACAUUGCUAUGACUUCAGAAAGAAUCCAAGUUGGGGGCAAUUCAGUAACCCGGAUCUAACACUGUUCAGGUCCAAUUUAAAGAGGCUUGUGCAAAAGCUGUUGUCUUGAUUUGGGGCACUGUCAUGUCAUGGCAUGAUGUUUGCUGCAGUACUUUUGUAAAUAAAGUUUGUACUUCAAAACUUUCUGCAGUACACAGCCAAAUCAACGGAGGGUGAGUACUAAAUAAGCACUAACUGUCCUUAUGGCAGGGUGCCUGCUUUCUCCUAAAGGGUUUGCUUUUAAAACAGGCAUUUUGUCAAAUCUGGCAGCUGGUUUUCACUCUGAUCAUUCAUAAUAAGACCUCCUAAAAGCUCCUUCCAAAGAGUUUUGUCAAAAGCCAUGUGCUACCUGGUAUUCUGUAUUUUUAAUGACAUUAUUAUAAGCAGCGAUUAUUUGAAAAUAAUUAAUCUGUGUUCUGUGAAAUAGAGUGGUGAUUUCUUCUUAUGGCUACCAUUCUGCUUACAUCAUCACAUAAUAAAUCUUUGACAAAAUAUGCUAAGAAAUGCAAUGAAAAAAAAGUGGUUCUCUUUGUUUCUCAAUUUAGGUAACAAACAAGAUAGCAAAUUACAAUAAAAAUAGACAUUAAGAGAACCAACCCUAAAAA